AUGGCGAAGCUGUCGAGUGACAUCGACAGCCUCAACAGCCUGAAGGCGUGCCUUGGUCGGUUCCCGCCACCCGCCCCGCCCGUGCGGCCGCUUGAGAUGGGGAAUAUUGGGACCAUCGGGUCACCAUGCCCCAAUCCCGGAAAUCCCGGAAAUCCCGGAAAUCCCGGAAAUCCCGGAAAUCCCGGAAAUCCCGGAAGCUUGGGUCAUCCUGAGCUCUGCCGGCGGCCAUGCGUUUAUCUGGUGAAGGGAGGGUGCUGCCGUUUGGGAGUCUCCUGCAAUUUUUGCCACCAUGCCCACCUUGCCCUCGAUUCAAAGCUGGACCAAAAGCAGCGGCGCACCCUGCAGAAGAUGACCACUUGCCAAAUGCUCGCUGUGUUUUUGCCGCACUUCCAGAACAGGGCACAUCAGAUGGGUCUUCUUCGCCAAGCCACCCCAUUCAUUUGCAAGUUGGAGGAGGAGAUGCGAAGUUAUGGCACGCAAGAGAAGAAUAUUGCGGAGGACAGACACAUCCGGAGGUUCCAUGCGGCCUUGUCGCGAAUGAGUCUUGCAACUUUGGCCAAGCAUAUGCUGGAGCCGCUCUCAGAGGAGGCGAACCAGGCAUUCGAAGCCUUGCGCGAGAACGUGUGA